AAUCACUUUGCAUGAAGGAUGGCCCCAAGUGCCUGUCCAAUUCUUGCCAAAAGGACUCUGCGUGUAAUGCUGCCACCACCGCCAGCAGUUGCCACUGUCUGGACUCAGUGGACAUCUCUGCAGAAGAUUGCAUUAAGGAAACUUAUGAUCCUUGCUCCUCCAUCCCUUGCCUUCACAAUGCUACUUGUGCAAGUGCUCCCGGAAACCUUGACUUUACUUGUGAUUGCCCCAUGGGCUACACUGGCACUGUUUGUGAAACUGCCACUAGCACAUGUGACUCAUAUUUCUGUAGGCAUGGAGGCACUUGCCAGGAUGAACCUAGUGGUCUCACCUGCCUCUGUGCUGAAGGAUUCACAGGUACAAACUGUGAAACUGACAUUGAUGAAUGCCUUUCCAACCCUUGCCUCAAUGGAGCCGUGUGCAGAGACAAGAUCAGGGGAUACUCCUGUUACUGUGUCCCAGGUUACCAAGGAAAGUACUGUGACCGGGAGGUGAAUGAAUGUGUUUCUGAACCUUGCCUGAAUGGUGCCACUUGUCUGAAUCUCAUAGGGAAGUAUGAGUGCAUUUGUCCUCUUGAGUACACAGGUAUCAACUGUGAACUAGAAAUCAAUGAAUGUUUGUCAGAGCCUUGUCUGAAUGAUGGAGCCUGUCAUGAUAUUCUAGGUGGCUAUUACUGUUCCUGUCCACUGGGUUUCCUUGGUGAUCACUGUGCCAUCAACAAUGAUGAAUGUGCAAGUCAACCAUGCCUCAAUGGGGGGCAGUGCCUAGAUAAUAUCAAUGGAUAUAGCUGCAAUUGCACAGGAAAUGGAUACACGGGUCUGCAUUGUGAGAUAUCAGCUCCCUUCUGCUGGUCACAUCCGUGUCAUAAUAACGCUACCUGUGAAGAUACAGCAGAAGGUUACAUGUGCCAUUGCUGGCCAGGGUAUAUAGGUUCUCACUGUGAAAUAGACAUCAAUGAAUGUAGCAGUAAUCCAUGUCUCUGCGGGAGUGAGUGUGUGGAAUUAUCAUGGUCAAAUUGGUAUGGAAAAAUUCCAGAACUACCCUCAGUGUUCAACUACCAUAAAGCAUCAGGUUACGUGUGCAACUGUCCUUCUGGAUUCACAGGCAUUCACUGUGAAGAUGAUAUCAAUGAAUGCCGCAUGAACCCUUGUCAGAAUGGAGGGACCUGUGAAAAUUCUCUUGGAAAUUAUACCUGCCACUGUCUCACUGGAGAGAAGGAUGGGAUCUUUUAUGGUGGUCAAAAUUGUACAGAAAUCCUCUUUGGCUGUGUUCAACAUAAAUGCCAGAACGGGGGAUUGUGUAUUCCUUAUUUAAGAAAUGGACAACACAGAUUUAACUGCAUAUGUUCAUCUGGCUACAGAGGAGUACACUGUGAAACCAUGACUACAUUGUCUUUUCAGGGAAAUGGAUAUCUUCAGGUAAACAGCACUGCAGCCUCCUCCAAGGACUAUUUUUAUAACAUAAACCUUAGUUUUUUGACUGUUCAGCCAACAACUUUGAUAUUUUACCGAGGGGACAAAGACACAUUUGUGAAGCUGGAGUUACAGAAUGGCUGUUUAUACUUAUCCAUGCAAGUCAACAAUCAGUUAAAGGCCUUUCUACAUAUAGCCUAUAAUGUCAAUGAUGGUGAAUGGCAUUCAGUAGAGGUCGCCAUAGCCAGAGCAGUUACACUUAAGUUACUCAAGAGCUCGUGCACAGAAUCAUGUCUUAGUAAAACUGCUGCCAUAGUAGAUACCAGGCAGGCAGUGACUGCUUUUCAAAACAUAUUUUUGGGUGGCUUGCCAGCAGGGAACAAUGACUCUCUACUAAACAUCUAUAGUAUGCAUUCUGCACCUUCAUUUGUAGGCUGCCUUCAGGACAUAGAAGUAGAUUUCAACAUUAUUGUCCCAGAGAACUUAUCAUCUGACACAUUUUUAAAUGUCAAAUCAGGCUGUGUUAAAAAAGAUUGGUGUGAAUACCACCCUUGUCAAAAUAAGGGGCGUUGCAACAACUUAUGGCUGAACUAUCAAUGUGAUUGCUACCGGCCCUAUGCUGGGCCAAACUGUGCUACAGAAUACAUUCCAGGAAGAUUUGGUCAUGAGGAAACCACUGGGUAUGCUGCUUUUCCCAUAGAAGAAAGUCAUGAAAAUGCAACAAUAUCAAUGUUUAUGCGCACACGCAAGCCUUCUGGCUUGUUAUUUGGUCUAGAAAAAAACACAUCCCUGUUUCUUAAGGUCUGGCUAGAAGAUGGGAAACUUGCAAUAUCAGGUCCAAACUCCAGCAAAUUCUUAGGUAUGCAGACUAUGAAUGAUGGAAAUUUCUAUUUAAUAUCUUUACAAAUUGGGCCAAAUAAGACAGAGUUGUUCCAAUCAUCACAAAACCUGGGCUCUGUUUCUACACCCUUCAUAAAAAUACAGAGAAGGGAUAUGUUCUACAUCGGUGGAUUACCAGACAAGCAAGAAACAAUUGCCAAUGGUGGGUAUUUCAAAGGCUGCAUUCAAGAUUUAAGACUGAGCAACCAACCACUUGAAUUUUACCCUGUUACUGCUUCACUGAAUCCUGUCAACAGCCACAGCACACUGGUCAAUGUAGUUGCAGGAUGCCCUGGAGAUGACCUCUGCAAGUCUGCUCCAUGCCAGAACAGUGGUGUUUGUUAUUCAAUCUGGGAUGACUUCACUUGUACUUGCCCACCAAAUACCGCUGGGAAAGCUUGUGAAGAAGUGAAAUGGUGUGACCUCAGCCCUUGCCCCCCUGAAGCCCAGUGCCUGCUGGUAUAUCAAGGAUUUGAAUGUAUUUCCAAUGCCAUUUUUAGUGGCAGAAGCAGUGCCAUCUUUUAUAGAAGCAAUGGGAAGAUCAGGAGAAAUCUCACUAAUAUAACCUUUGGCUUUCGGACUCGAAACUCAGAUGUGAUACUGCUUUAUGCCGAGAAAGAGCCAGAGUUCAUCUCUAUCAGCAUUCAGAAUACCAAAUUGUUGUUUCAGAUGCAAAGUGGUAAUAGCUUUUUUACGCUGAGCUUGGCUAGUUCACUAUCAGUGAAUGAUGGGAAGUGGCAUCGGGUCACCUACUCUAUGACAGAGCCACUGUCUCAGUCAUCAAGAUGGCAUAUUGAUAUAAAUGAUGAGAGAGACCAUGCAACAAGUACCGUUGCCACUGGAAACCUCAACUUCCUCAGAGAAGAGACAGAUAUCUAUCUGGCUGACAAAGCUUUUGAUAGUCUAGAUGGACUGAGAGGGUGCAUGAGCACUGUGGAGAUUGGUGGUAUCCAUCUCUCUUACUUUGACAAUGCUGGUGGCUAUACUAAAAAACCACAAGAAGAACAGUUUCUCAAGAUCUCUGCCAAUUCUGUUGUCACUGGCUGCCUUAAGUUGGAUCCCUGCAGCUCAGACCCUUGCUUGAAUGAUGGGAUGUGUGAAGAUUUUUACAGCUAUUUUCACUGCCUAUGUGUCAAGGGAUGGACUGGAACCCAGUGUGAAAUCAGUGUUGAUGAAUGCUCAUCAAACCCUUGUGUCCAUGGAAAUUGCAGUGAUGGAAUAUCAGCUUAUAAGUGUGUAUGUGAUCCUGGAUACAAAGGAACAAGGUGUGAAGAAGACAUAGAUGACUGUUAUGGACAUCUCUGUGGAAAUGGCGCCACUUGUAUAGAUGGAAUUAAUGGUUAUUCAUGCCUAUGCACUGGGAAUUUCACUGGAAGAUUUUGCAGGCACAUACGACUGCCUUCAACAGUGUGUGGGAAUGAGAACAAAAAUCUUACCUGCUACAAUUAUGGCAACUGUACUGAGUUUGAAGGACACUUAGAGUGCACAUGCCUUGCAGGCUUUGCAGGACCACAAUGUGAAGUGGACAUCAAUGAAUGCAACUCUAACCCAUGCCUCAAUGGAGGCCUCUGCCAGAACCAGAUCAACAAAUUUUACUGUAUCUGUGAUGUGAAUUAUGCUGGUGAUCGCUGUGAGAUAGAUCUGACAGCUGAUCUGGCCUCCAAUAUAUUUACCUCCAUUGGCUCAGUGACACUGGCCUUGUUACUGAUCUUUCUUCUGGCAGUCAUAGUUUCCAUCAUAACUGCCAAUAAACGGGCCACCCAAGGGACUUACAGCCCCAGUCGCCAAGAGAAGGAGGGAUCCCGAGUUGAAAUGUGGAACAUGGUGCAACCUCCUCCCUUGGAAAGACUGAUCUAAUUGAAAUUAAGACUGUUCUUCUCAUUUGGAGACACACAGAAAAAUGCUUGUUCUGGAUACUGUAGGAGAAUCCUAUAGACCAUGAGGAUUUCUGCCAUUAAACUCAGAAACCCUGCUUAUUAGUCAAAGGGAGCCUCAAGACUGCGUGGAACUUUUCAGCUUUGCCGUUCUGCUGGUAACCCUUUGCACAUUCAGUGCCUGUGGAAGAAAGAGAAAAUUUAAAACAAAAGAAAACCAUCCUUCUGCCCUUGUGUGCACAUGAAAGCACUUUGACAUGCAAGACUUGUCUCAGUCUUCAUUCUGGAAAGCAUUCAUGAUAGAAGUGACUGGAUGCCAUAUCUCACUUUCUUGAAUUUUUUAUUCAUUGUGCUGGAAAUUAUAUUUAGAGUACAAUCAACUUCAGAUUGUGAUGACUCCUGGGAUCUGUGUUAAGUGCCUGCAUUUCAGAUGUGACUGAAAGCCACUUGUUUAGGUCUCGUUCCCUUCUGGUCAUCACUGCAGAAGAAUAUUGUCACACAACGUUCCAUGUACGCUCCUUGUCCUUCAGUUAGUGCCAUAUGCUUCAAGAGUCUUUAGA